AUGGAUGAAUCCCAGACGGUUGCUCCUGCUUCCAACACCCCCAACCCCAGCACGAUUACCCCAUUAUCAGAGACGCUAAGCUGUGGCCACACUCAGGACGUCCGGGUGCACUAUAUCCUGAAGCCAGAGGCCGUGGGGGAGCAGAAGGAAAUCGUCUUUUACUAUUUGGUGAUGGCCAAAGGAGGCACUGUGCGAGCAGGGACCCAGGCUCUGGCUGUGGAGCAUGGUGAUGUUAAUGGGACCUUCUCACUGAUGCUCCCCGUGGAGUAUGAUAUCGCUCCCCUGGCAGAGAUGCUAAUAUACACUAUUUCACCCAAUCAGGAGCCUAUUGCUGAUUCAGUCAAAUUCCAGGUCGAAAAUUGCUUUGCCAAUAAGGUCGACUUGCAUUUCUCACCGGCCGAGGGUCUCCCCGCCUCCGACACUCGCCUCCGGGUCGGGGCCUCCCCAGGCUCCCUGUGCACCGUUCGUGCUGUGGACAAGAGCAUCCUCCUCAUGAAGCCUGAAGCCGAGCUCUCUCCCAGCUCUGUGUAUAACCUGCUACCAGUGAAGGAACUUCAGGGGUAUCAUCAUGGCACAGACAUGCUGCCGAUGGAUCCCCAGGAGGAGUGCAUUGCCGCAGAGAAGAUAAUUGUGAAUGGAGUCACCUAUGCUCCAGUAUCGGAGCCAGAUGAAGAGGACACUUAUAGCAUCUUAAAGUUGUACUCACACCACCCAGGACAUGCAAGGGUACUGGACUCAGGUUACCCUGUCAUGGCUGAGACCCUUCCAGCAGCGGUGGAGACAGUUCGAAAGUAUUUCCCAGAGACAUGGAUUUGGGAUUUAGUGCCUUUGACCUCCAACGGAAGUGCUGAAUUGCCCUUGACAAUCCCUGAUACCAUCACAGAAUGGAAAGCUAACACAUUCUGCACCUCAAGUGACACUGACUUUGGCCUGUCCCCAACCGUGUCCCUCAGAGCCUUCCAACCCUUCUUCGUGGAGCUCACCCUGCCCUACUCCGUGGUGCGUGGCGAGGCCUUCAUGCUAAAGGCCACUGUCUUCAAUUACCUGACCCGCUGCAUCAGGGUCAGCAUCUCACUGGCUUCAUCUGCUGACUUCCGAGCUACCCCUGUGGAGAAGGAAGAGGACUCUUAUUGUCUCUGCAUGAAUGGAAGAAAAACGGUGUCCUGGGCUGUGACCCCAAUAUCUCUGGGUAAUGUGAAUUUCUCUGUGAGUGCAGAGGCCCUGAAGAUGGAGCUGCCCUGCGGGAACGAGGUAGCAGUGCUCCCUGAGACAGGGCAGAAGGAUACAGUGAUCAAACAGCUGUUAGUGGAGCCUGAAGGGAUUGAGACAGAAGCAACCUUCAACUCUCUGCUCUGUGCAAAUGGAAAUUCAGAAGCAGGGAAGAUUUCCCUGAAGCUUCCACUGAACGUGGUGCAGGGCUCAGCCAGAGCCUAUGUGACAGUGCUGGGCGAUAUCCUGGGCACAGCCAUGCAGAACCUGCAGCAGCUCCUCCAGAUGCCCUUCGGCUGUGGGGAGCAGAACAUGGUCCUGUUUGCCCCCAACAUCUACGUCCUGGACUAUCUGAAUAAGACGGGGCAGCUGAGCGAGGAGACCAAAUCCAAGGCCAUCGGAUACUUAGUCAGUGGUUAUCAGAGGCAGCUGAAUUACAAGCACCUGGAUGGCUCUUACAGCACAUUUGGGGAGCAUUACAGGCAGCCGGGGAUUACCUGGCUGACGGCCUUCGUCCUCAAGUCCUUCGCGCAGGCCUGCUCUCACAUCUUCAUCGAGGAGAAGCACAUCCAGGACGCCCUGGCCUGGCUCGCUGGCAAGCAGAAGGAAAACGGCUGCUUCCGCAGCUCUGGGACGCUCCUGAACAAUGCCAUAAAGGGCGGGGUGGACGAUGAGGUCACGCUCUCUGCCUACAUCACCAUCGCACUGCUAGAGAUUCCUCGGCCCAUCACUGUACGUAUCCACACGCACAAAGUCCCCUUCAUGAGUUCCCCUGGGUCAGCAGCCUCCCCUCUCCCCCACUCCCUAUACCCAUCCGAGUCCUGA